CGCGGGAGCGCAGGCGCACUGUGCCCGCCGUGCUGAACCGCAGCCAUGGAGCAGGCAUCUCCAGACUCUGAACGGCUCUUGCAGCCUGCGACCCUAGAGCCGCUGGGCCACCCUGACGCUGAGCUGGAGUCUGUGGUGGGUGAGGAAGCAGAGGGGGCCCGGGAAGACGGCUCCGGAGACGGCAAGAUGACAGAAAAUAAUUUUUGGUUGAAGAAGAUAGAAAUUAGUGUUUCAGAAGCAGAAAAGCGAACUGGAAGAAAUGCCAUGAACAUGCAAGAAACAUAUACUGCUUACCUCAUUGAAACAAGAUCAGUUGAACAUAUUGAUGGUCAGAGUGUCCUAACAGACUCACUAUGGAGGCGGUAUAGUGAAUUUGAGUUGUUGAGAAACUACCUUUUAGUUUACUAUCCACAUAUUGUCGUGCCACCUCUACCAGAAAAAAGGGCAGAAUUUGUUUGGCAUAAACUCUCUGCUGACAACAUGGAUCCAGAUUUUGUGGAAAGACGACGAAUUGGUCUGGAAAACUUCCUCUUGAGAGUUGCUUCACAUCCCAUCCUUUGUAGAGACAGAAUCUUCUAUUUGUUCUUAACACAGGAAGGUAACUGGAAAGAGACUGUAAAUGAAACUGGAUUUCAGCUGAAGGCAGACUCCAGGUUAAAAGCGCUUAAUGCAACAUUCAGAGUGAAAAACCCAGACAAGAGAUUUACUGAACUAAAACACUACAGUGAUGAACUACAGUCUGUCAUCUCACAUCUUCUUCGAGUCAGAGCUAGAGUAGCAGAUCGACUGUAUGGUGUAUAUAAAGUACAUGGGAAUUAUGGGAGAGUUUUCAGUGAGUGGAGUGCCAUAGAAAAAGAAAUGGGUGAUGGACUACAGAGUGCUGGUCAUCAUAUGGAUGUGUAUGCAUCUUCUAUUGAUGACAUUUUAGAAGAUGAAGAACAUUAUGCAGAUCAGUUAAAGGAGUAUCUUUUUUAUGCAGAAGCACUGAGGGCUGUGUGCAGGAAACAUGAACUUAUGCAGUAUGACUUGGAAAUGGCUGCUCAGGACUUAGCAUCCAAGAAGCAGCAAUGUGAGGAACUGGCAACUGGGACCGUGAGAACAUUUUCUUUGAAAGGGAUGACUACCAAGCUCUUUGGUCAAGAAACUCCAGAGCAGAGAGAAGCCAGAAUAAAGGUGCUAGAAGAACAAAUAAAUGAAGGAGAGCAACAGCUUAAGUCUAAAAAUCUGGAAGGGAGAGAAUUUGUCAAAAAUGCUUGGGCUGAUAUUGAACGCUUCAAAGAACAAAAGAACCGUGAUUUAAAGGAAGCCCUCAUAAGCUAUGCAGUCAUGCAGAUCAGUAUGUGCAAAAAGGGAAUUCAAGUUUGGACCAAUGCUAAGGAAUGCUUUAGCAAGAUGUAAUCCUGUGUAAUGAAUUUCUCUUCAAUCAAAGUGCCCCAAAACAGAAGCACAAGUAGAUAAAAAAAAUUUUAAGUUGCUACUCAGCAUAUACAGAAAUACAUGAGUUGAGUAAAUUCAACUUUCUUUAAUUUGAUUAUAGUUAACGUUAAUAUAGCACAAAAGGAUGUAUUUUAAUGAAGAUUAAGUAGUAUAAUUUGAGGUUUUGGGGACUGGUGCUGAUUCUAAAGUGUUAAUUAGAAAAAACGUACCAACAAAUUGUCGGGCUUAUGAAGCAGUGACUGAAUGUCAAGAUGUUAGGUAAUUUCUAGAUGUUUGUUUCAGUGCCACUCUUUCAGAUCUGCUUAUGUAGGGAGUUUUUUUCCUAAAAUUGAAUUCUUAUCUUUAUUCGGUAAAACCCACUAAUCUGUUAUAGGGGUUAUUUUUUCUUGCCUUAUAGUUGAGCUGUUUGAUUUGACAAAGCUCAGCAGAAACUUAGUGUGAAAUCUAAAAAUUUCUCCCACAUUCAUUAAUGCCCCCGUGACAUUUGCAUACACUAGAAAAUGCCUUCAAUUUGUGUUUUACCAGAAUUUUGAUACUGGUCAAAAAUUUUAUACUGCCAAUAAAGACUCAACUUCUCAGAUAUAUAAUGGAAUACAUUGUUAUGAUCUAGGAAUUGCUAUAUAGAAAAUUUUAAUUGAUUAUGUUACAUACAAGCAUUAAAUUCUCUAAUAAUUCUUAACCUCAGUGAUGAGCCUAAAUUUACUCUGCUUGGCUCUCUACACAUGGCAUUUCAGGGUACAAGAUGUAGCAUUUCAAUGUAUAAGAUAUAUGUAGUGAACGUAGGUGGUAGUAUCUUCAUUAUUCACAUCCUUCUUUUUUAUUGCUUGGCUGUAAUUUUUGUAAAGAUAAAUUAUAUUGGUUUUGUGUGUGUGUUUUGUGAUAUAUGUUCAGAAGCCAAGCACCCUUGGUUUUUUGCUAGCUUUGCAGGACCCUACAUGUAUACUCAUUAUUACUAAUUAUGUAAAAAAAUUUUUUCAGUACUGUUCAGCAUUCGACUUUUUUACAUGUUUAAAAUGUUGCUGAAUUUUUGUGCUAUUUGCCAAACUUAUACAAUAAAUAAAGUAUUGUGUUGAUUUUCA